AUGGAAUUGAAGAAUCUCUUUCCAAUCUUCUGGUUUGUCCUCGUAGGCUUUGCUGUGGUGUCUGCACAAGAAUGCGGCAAAACAGGGUUUUUUGUACCACAAAGUAGGUAUGAAACAAACCGGGGCCUUCUCCUCUCUUCUCUUCCUUCCAAUGUUUCAGCUCGAGGAGGAUUCUACAAUUCUUCGAUUGGCCAAGGCCCUGAUCGAGUGUAUGCUCUGGGGAUGUGCAUUGAAGGUGCUGAACCAGAUGUUUGCUCCGACUGUAUUGAAUAUGCUUCUAAUCUGUUAUUAGACACGUGUCUCAACCAGACAGAAGGCCUGGCCUGGCCGGAGAAACGGAUUUUGUGUAUGGUACGAUACUCCAAUAGUUCUUUUUUUGGAUCACUCAAGGCAGAACCGCAUUUCUAUAUCCACAACGUGGAUGAUAUUACAUCCAAUUUAACAGAGUUUGAUCAAGUGUGGGAAGAGUUAGCACGUCGUAUGAUAGCUAGUACUACUUCUCCAUCAUCUAAACGCAAGUACUACGCAGCAGACGUAGCAGCCUUGACAGCUUUCCAGAUAAUAUAUGCACUAAUGCAAUGCACUCCGGACUUAUCUUUGGAGGAUUGCCAUAUCUGUUUAAGACAAAGUGUUGGUGACUAUGAAACAUGCUGCAAUGGAAAGCAAGGUGGCAUUGUGUACCGAGCCAGCUGUGUUUUCCGGUGGGAGCUUUUUCCCUUCUCUGAGGCUUUUAGUCGUAUUUCGUUGGCACCUCCGCCUCAAUCCCCAGCAUUUCCCACGCUUCCGGCAGUAACCAAUACAGCGACCAAGAAAGGUAGCAUAACAAUCUCGAUAGGAAUUGUCUGGGCAAUCAUUAUUCCUACUGUCAUUGUUGUCUUCUUGGUACUGCUUGCGCUAGGAUUUGUUGUUUAUAGGAGGAGGAAAUCAUACCAAGGAUCCAGCACUGAUAUCACCAUUACACACUCACUGCAAUUCGAUUUCAAAGCGAUUGAAGAUGCAACAAAUAAAUUCUCGGAGAGCAACAUAAUUGGUCGCGGUGGAUUUGGAGAAGUUUUCAUGGGUGUCCUUAACGGUACUGAAGUUGCAAUUAAGAGGCUGUCAAAAGCAUCGAGACAAGGUGCACGAGAAUUCAAAAAUGAGGUUGUUGUUGUUGCAAAACUCCAUCAUAGGAAUCUUGUUAAGCUUCUCGGGUUUUGUCUAGAAGGAGAAGAGAAAAUACUUGUUUACGAGUUUGUCCCCAACAAGAGCCUCGACUACUUCCUCUUUGACCCUACAAAGCAAGGGCAGUUAGACUGGACUAAACGAUACAACAUUAUCCGGGGAAUCACUCGAGGAAUUCUGUAUCUUCAUCAAGACUCACGGCUCACGAUCAUACAUCGUGACCUCAAAGCCAGCAACAUUCUCCUAGAUGCAGAUAUGAACCCAAAAAUUGCUGAUUUUGGAAUGGCGAGAAUUUUUGGGAUCGAUCAAAGUGGAGCUAAUACAAAAAAAAUAGCUGGGACACGCGGUUACAUGCCUCCAGAAUAUGUGAGGCAAGGUCAGUUCUCAACAAGAUCAGAUGUUUAUAGUUUCGGAGUCUUAGUUCUUGAGAUUAUAUGUGGUCGAAAUAACAGAUUCAUCCACCAGUCAGACACUACAGUUGAGAAUUUGGUCACAUACGCUUGGAGGUUGUGGAGAAACGAUUCACCAUUAGAACUCGUGGAUCCAACCAUUUCGGAGAAUUGUGAAACCGAAGAAGUGACAAGAUGCAUCCACAUUGCGUUGCUGUGUGUUCAACACAAUCCCACAGAUCGCCCCAGCUUGUCGACAAUCAACAUGAUGCUCAUAAACAAUUCGUAUGUUUUACCUGAUCCUCAACAACCUGGAUUCUUCUUUCCAAUAAUAAGCAACCAAGAACGAGAUGGCCUCGACUCUAUGAACAGGUCCAAUCCACAAACUAUCAAUGAUGUAACCAUUACAGAUUUUGAACCUCGUUGA